AUGGCAUCGACACCACCGAACUCGAUCAAAGUACUACUCCUUACCAAAACUUGCGGCUAUCGUCAUGAUUGCAUUCCCGCCUUGAUCUCAGCCUUCAACUCACUACCAUUCUCCGUAAGAGCAACGGAAAAUUCAACAGAACUACUCUCUCUUUCAGACUACGACGUCGUUGCUCUCGGACACAACACCGGCGAUUAUCUGAAUGAAGAAGAAGUCGCCUCUUUGUUGAGUUUUGUCGAGAAUGGCGGUGGUGUUGUAGGUAUUCAUGCUGCUACAUCCGGCCUGAAGGCAAACGCCAGAUAUACCAAGAUCUUAGGCGAAGUCUUCAAUGGCCACCCACCGCCACAGUGGAUGACUCUUGAUGUCGAAAACCCCGAUCAUUACAUCAACGGAUAUGAAUCUCUUCCCGGUCCGGACUCUGCACCAGAAGAGGCUCAUGCCUGUCCUGUCAAAACAGAGUCACUUCCAACGGGGCAGUUUCCAUGGUUCGACGAGGUGUAUACGUUCAGAUCUCACCCCCGCAUCGAAGGCCGCACGAUCUUGCUUUCCGUGCAGGGUGACAACGAGGAGAGCGCUGAAUCGGCCGGCUUUCCGUUGUCGUGGACUCAGACGGUCGGAAAGGGAAGAGUGUACUACACUGCUCUGGGCCAUUUUGACGAGGCAUACAAGAAUGCAUGGUUCAUGGAAAGCUUGCGCCGAGCUGUGGUAUGGACUGCGAAGAAGGAUUGA